AUGCAUCUAAACCCGCACGCAGGCCCGUGCCCUCAGGUGGUGGACGUGCAGGCACUGAUCUACUCCCUGCUCAACCACCCCGCCAUCUACGAGGCGAAGGCCUUUGCCGCCCUGCAGCAGCAGUCGCUGUUGAGUCUUGCACUGUCCAGCGCCCUGCUCGCGUUUGGCAUGGGCUCCCAGCUCGUGGCCCUCGGCCUGGCGCCUUGGGACGGCUGGCGCCCGCCGCGCAUCCGCCAGAUCCUGCGGCUGCUGGCGCAGCACAUCCUGUCGGCGCGCGCUGUGACGCUCCAGAACAAGAUCACCGCGGGCCAGCUGGCCGAGCAGCUGUUCCGCCGCUGCGCGAUAGGCGAGAUCGGGGGCGGAGCCAUCCCCAACCGGCUGACGGGCGCGAUCAUCGACCAGCUGGCGUGGUCAGCUGACGUCAUCAUCAUCAAGGUUCCCGCGCCGCAGCGCGGCGGCGGCGGCGGCGGCUACGCUGGCGGCGCAGAAGCGGGGCAAUGGCACCUGGCCGAGGCGCGGCUGCUGUUCCUGCCGCACAAGGAGGGCUCGGAGGGCUGGGACGUGCUGCUCACGAUCGCCGUCCGCCGCGGCGCCCUUACAGGGGGCAACCUGGGGCUGCACUCCCUCUGCAACGGCGGGGCGCUGCGCGUCUUGGCCGGCAUGCAAGUGACGGUGAGCCGCAGAUAG